GACAGGGGCGUUUGGAGUACAAACAUUGUAAAUUAAUUCCGAAAUACCCAGAAAAUCAACCAAAAUCCCUCGAGAGCAUCGUCGCGCGCGUUGUCCUCGCUGCUAUUCAUCAACUCCCACUCAAAACAUCGACAAAACCAUGCCAGUGCACUCGAAACAUAUCCCUAACUAUCCCGAGCCCCUCCCCAACUACACUGAGGAAGAACUCCAGGCCACGUCAAACGAAAGGUUCAGAGAGUGGCACGCAACUUUUCGCCAGCACUGUGCAAAUGCCGACGACUACUGGAAUGCUGUUUUUGUUGCCGGAUACGACGAGAUGGCCGCAGCGAUCGUGAGGGCUUUCCUGAUAGUCUCAGUCGGAGAUCAGGCCAACACCGUGACAACUAUUUCCUUACCUCUGCUCGUCUCCUCAGAGCGGCUUGUGCUCCGCAUCCCCUCACUCUCAACCAGGAAAUGGAUGCACGGGAACUUGAGGAUGGACAACCAGGACACCGGUACAGCACCCCACUUUCCCAAGCCCAUCUCUGGAACCCUCCCGGAGGCUAAGAACGACAAUCAACAAUUUCAUCGAGGUAUAGUUCGGGCUCUCGAGAAGGAGCUGUCUGAGGUUCUCUUUGACAUCUUCAUUGAGUGCAGCUGGACAUCUGCAGAGCUCACGAGCUGAUGCAAGCGAUCCCUUUUCAUCGAUGCUGUUGAACCAUCGGGAUAUACUCUUCUCAGACACGUUGAGAAUGCGAGCGACCUCCUCGUGUUCGUGGCCUUGCGCUAUAAGGCACAAUGCACGAAUCUUGAUAUCUUCACUAGUUGUUCGGUAGACCAUAGUGCUAUUGUUUCGAUUUGAGAGGAUAAUGAGGUGUUAUGGCCGUCAGACGGCGGACGACGUUUCACG